AGAGUGCAUGGUAUUGCAAAAAUGGACUGAAGUAUGCAAUUUGAAAGUUGUUUAAAUGUGUACAAAAUAUGAUUCAUCUUGACUUGACUUUGUUAAAUUUGGGUUUUUUUGUUCAUAGCAAUUUUGCCACCUGCUUAAUUUACUAUCUAAUGUAAUUGUAAAACCCGCAGCUAAAAUUGCUGUGUAGCUAUAUUAUAGUUUUACUAGAAAAAAAAGUAAGGAAUAAUUUUAGUGCACAAAUUUAAAACUUCAAAAAAUAUGAUUUUGUUGUGUUACCGAUAUUACGACUGUUCAAUUUUAUGUUAAUAAUGUAUGUAUGCUAUCGCAGCUGUGUCAAGAGUUGAUAUGGAAGAGAUGACAGUGAACGGCUGUGUUCACUACCAGGCCAUACGCUAUUGGCUAAAAAUUCCAUUUACACUAUUGACUAGCGGUUAUUGGAUAAACAAACUUUUAGAUCUUAAGCUUUACGCAUUUCAAAGAAAAUAUAGUUGAAAACUAUUAAUUGCGCUUUGUUGUGAAUUGAACAGGAAUAAGAAUGACUAACGCAGAAAAUGCAGACAGCUCAAAUGCUGGCGAAAGAAAAAAUGAAAAUGAAAAUAAAAGUGUGGAUGAUUCACUCAGUUCGUUUCUCGAUAUGCGAAUUGUAAAAAUGAUUCUCUCCUUUCUUAAAUACUUUGGCGUGUUUUUUGCCAUAUGGCUGUUCGGCUGGCUUGGCUUUGGGUGUUCGUGGGUUGUUUUGGUCGCUCUCGUUUAUUAUCUUAUGCAGGUCAAACAAGAGGAAAGGAAUUGGAAGCAAAAAGUUGGACUAGCAUUGACACAAAGUGAAGAAGGGGUUAUCCGUGCUCGUUUAGGAGAUUUACCGUCAUGGGUCUUUUUUCCUGAUGUGGAAAGGGCAGAGUGGCUCAAUAAGUUUGUCUCUCAACUUUGGCCCUAUGUGAAUGAAAUGGUGAUUAAAAUCCUUAAGGAGAAGGUUGAACCGCAAAUUCAAAAUUCUGUUCCAGGAAUGUUGAAAUCAAUCCAUUUUACUGAGAUCUGUCUUGGAAAUCGGGCUCCUCGUAGGGGAGUAAAAGUUUACACUGAAAAUGUUAAAAGAUCAGAAGUGAUCAUGGACAUUGACGUUAUAUAUUCUGGUGAUGCAGACUUCCAAUUAUCUGUCAAAUUUAUUUCCGUAGGAAUUGAAGACCUUCAGCUUCGAGGUACUUUGCGCGUGAUCAUGUCUCCUCUUGUUCCAGCGUCGCCUUUGGUUGCUGGUGUUUCUUUGUUUUUCCUGGAUAAACCGGAACUUGAUUUUAACCUCACAAAUCUUCUCAAUGUACUUGAUGUGCCUGGACUGAGUGGAAUUCUUCGUGGCGCCAUUGGUGACGUCAUUUCUUCUUUUUGUGUUCUUCCAAAUCGUAUAAAUAUUCCACUUCUUAACGAAAACAGUAUUGUUGGUCUUAAGUAUCCUAUGCCAAAGGGGGUGAUCAGACUGGAAGUAAUCGAAGCUCGUGACUUGGAAAAGAAAGAUAUUGGAUUGUUUAAGAAAGGAACAGCAGAUCCUUUUGUUAUUGUAAAAAUUGGAGCAGAUACAUUUAAAACUGAUGUGAAGAAGGGCACACUCACUCCUGAGUGGAAUGAGACUUUUGAGUUCUUUGUCGAUUAUCCAAAUGGUCAAAAAAUCAAACUUCAUCUUUACGACUACGACAAAGCAUCAGACAAUGAAUCAAUGGGAUAUCUCGACUUGGACAUAUCCACCAUUGCCGACAAAGGAAUAGUUGACUUGUGGUUGCCUUUGGAAAAUACAAAAUCAGGAGAGAUUCAUGUGAAAUGUACUUGGUUUACCUUGUCCAAUGAUCCAAACGAUUUAGUCAUUAGUAAGCAGGUUCAUGGUGAACAAGCUAAUAAUUUGUUUGCAAAUUCUGCAUUGUUUGUUAAGCUGGACUGUGCCAAGAAAUUACCUAUUGCCAAUAAAGUAAAACGUUCCACCAGUGCAUUCUGUAAGUUGACUUUAGGAAACAAGACGUUCGAAAGUCCGGUCAUCGAUGAUACAUUAAAUCCUGUAUGGGAUCAAUUUUACCGUUUCUUGGUGUUUAAUGCUAAAUAUCAAGAGUUGAACAUCGAGGUCAUUGACAAUAAAAAGGAAAAAUGUAUUGGUGUGUUGGAGAUCCCACUAAACAUUUUGAUUGAAGCCGUUGAUAUGUCGGUAGAACAGCCGUUUCCACUUCGCGAUUCUGGACAUGAAAGUUCCAUUGUUUGUGAGCUUAAACUAAGGGCUUUAGUAAAUGAAAAGGUCAACUAUGAUGCGUUUGGUGAAGUCAUUUCAGUGAACGAUAAUGGGCAGCCAGGUGAAAAUAUAACCAAGCCGGUUGGUACAAAGUCAGAACUUGAAGAAGAACCAGCUAAACCAGUACCUCUUGCAGAGAAAGUAGGAAGCGAGGAGCCAGCAAAUGUUCGUCAAAGAAAACCAGUGACGUCAUCUGAGGGAUCAGAAAGCAAACCAGCUGCGAACUCCGAGUCAAAGCCAUCUCCUGGAGAAAAAUCUGGUGAAAUUCAACUCACAAUUUCACACAAAGACAACAAAUUAUUUGUUGUCGUUCAUUCCGCAAGGGGCUUGCAGCCAAUCGAUUCCGAUGGUUUGGCUGAUCCAUAUGUUCGUAUUUAUCUUCUGCCUGAUAAAUCCAAAUCAGCCCGUCGAAAAACAGAUGUUGUUAAAGAUUCUUUGGAACCAAAAUUUGAACAAACUUUUGAGUGGAAUGUGGACAGAAAUGAAAUGCCUAAGAGAAGUUUGGAAAUUAUCGUCAAGAAUGAUGUUUCGUUCUUUUCAAGAUCAAAAACAACAAUGGGACGGACCAUUGUGUCGUUAUCUUCCAUGGAUUUGGAAAAAGCUGAUCCACAAUGGUAUUCGAUAUAUGAUGAAACAGACGAUAGUGACUGAGCAAGAGACUGCUUCAUUUCAUUUUAUCAUGCAUUAAAACAAAAUCACGAUUAGCUAAUUGUAAUUAUUCAACUUAAACAGGGUUUUUAUAGUUUUAUAGAUCACCAUUUAGAAAAUCAAAAAGAAAUUAUGUGCAAAUUAA